AUUGAAUUGUGUUGGGUCGGGCCGGGUAAACCAUCAGACCGUUCUAACAGUACGAUGGCAUCGACUUGUAUAAAUAGGAAGGGACAAGAGGUAGUAUAAGAAGAGAAUAUUCAUAUCGUUCGCUUUGUAAGAUACACUUCCCUGUCUCUUUGUUUCUCUCCACGGUCGAGAACUCCCCACCUCUGCGAUUUUUUCAGAACAGAGCAAGUCAGAGGCGAAGGAUGGGAAGCUCAGGGGGAACUGGUUAUGGUGCAUACACCUAUGAGAACCUUGAGAGGGAGCCUUACUGGCCAACUGAGAAGCUCCGUAUUUCUAUUACUGGUGCUGGAGGAUUUAUUGCUUCUCACAUUGCCCGCCGGCUGAAGAGCGAGGGCCACUACGUUAUUGCUUCCGACUGGAAGAAGAAUGAGCACAUGACUGAGGACAUGUUCUGUCAUGAGUUCCAUCUUGUUGACCUGAGGGUUAUGGACAACUGUCUAAAGGUCACCAAAGGAGUUGACCAUGUCUUCAAUCUUGCUGCUGAUAUGGGAGGAAUGGGGUUCAUUCAGUCUAAUCACUCUGUUAUUAUGUACAAUAACACAAUGAUAAGCUUCAAUAUGAUGGAGGCUUCCAGAAUUAACGGAAUCAAAAGGUUCUUCUAUGCAUCUAGUGCAUGCAUUUAUCCAGAAUUCAAACAACUAGAGACUAAUGUGAGUUUGAAGGAAUCUGAUGCUUGGCCCGCUGAGCCUCAAGAUGCCUAUGGAUUAGAGAAACUCGCAACUGAAGAAUUAUGCAAGCACUACAACAAAGAUUUUGGAAUUGAAUGUCGUAUCGGAAGGUUCCACAACAUUUAUGGUCCAUUUGGAACGUGGAAAGGUGGAAGGGAAAAAGCUCCUGCUGCUUUCUGUAGAAAAGCGUUAACUUCCACCGACAGAUUUGAAAUGUGGGGAGAUGGACUUCAAACUCGUUCAUUCACUUUCAUUGAUGAGUGUGUUGAAGGUGUACUAAGGUUAACAAAGUCAGAGUUUAGGGAGCCUGUUAACAUUGGAAGUGAUGAAAUGGUUAGCAUGAAUGAAAUGGCCGAGAUGGUUCUUAGCUUUGAGGACAAGAAGCUUCCCAUUCACCACAUUCCUGGACCAGAAGGUGUCCGUGGCCGUAACUCUGACAAUACUCUCAUUAAAGAAAAACUUGGUUGGGCCCCAACAAUGAGAUUGAAGGAUGGGUUGAGAAUUACUUACUUUUGGAUAAAGGACCAAAUUGAGAAGGAGAAGGCGCACGGCGCAGAUAUUUCCAGGUACGGGUCUUCCAAGGUGGUGGGAACCCAAGCUCCGGUGCAGCUCGGAUCACUCCGUGCUGCUGAUGGCAAGGAAUGACUCCCUCCAUUGUGCUAAUAAGUUAUACAUAAAGCUGCCAAGGGUUGGUUUGAUAUGUGGAUGCACCGCACCACACAUGCUGUGGAAUGUGGGAGUUGCUUUUGUUGGAGGGCGUAUUUAUCCUCCUGUUUUAUAUAUUUAUCUAAUAAUACCUCCUCCCUGGAAGGCUAUUUAUGUUUUAAACGUUACUUAUGUUUCUUGUCCCAUUUAUGGGUGGCUGGUUCGAAUGAUUGUCUGAUGACUGAUGUCUUAAUCAGUGGCCAUUGUAUCUUCAACCUCAAUAUUCCAUUAUUUGUUAUAUUCUGUCCGCUCAGUUCUUAAGUCUUUA